AUGUUAUGGAGUUGUCGUAUUCUUCUCUAUCUACUCCUGCCGACGAAACGCGACGUUUCUAGUUUCGUCACCACGUCCAAGCCCUCAAUCACCACAAUGCCCAACGCAGCCCCUCCCCUCGCCCUCACCACCCCGGAGCUCCUCGAGUACAUCCUCGCUUUCCUACCCCCGCGCGACCUCCUCCUCGUACAGCGUGUAUGCAAGCCAUGGCACGAUCUCAUCACCACAUCACCCACGCUGCAAACACUCCUGUACUUUCGGGCUCCCCCGCCGUCAUCGUCCCCAUCCUUGACACCUUUUUCAUCGUCUGAAUACACACUAAACCCCCUUCUCAAGUCUGCUUUCCCAUUUUUAUUUUCCCCCAACAAGGUGCAGUCAGCUGAAAGAGCAGAGGACUGGGAUGUGGAAUGGGGCGACCUUGAGCUUCCUGCGGCAGUAGACCCGAAUGUUAAGCCCUUCAUUUAUUCUUCGUUUAACCGCAACCCUGCCGCCUUCCGUCGCAAAGAAGCGUCCUGGCGCCGUAUGCACAUUUCAAACCCCCCAGUUCGCACCAUCGUCUGGCGGCGCGAAUCAGCCGGUAUGGCGGGGCUCUUCAUCGGCGAAUGCGUAACGGGCUUCGGCGACUCCACAGGUAGAACCUCUUCCAUAACGCUUGGAACCUUGGGCGAGGACGCGCUACAGAGGAAGUGGGACGAGGAAUCGAGGUCUGGUUUUCGGAAGACUGACGAGGGGUACUUGAUCAGCAAGGACCAACUCGAUCUACAGAAGGAAGAUGGGCUUCGCAUGGCUGUCUUGUACGACUACCUCUUCGAAGUCAACUGCACCGGUUACGUUCCUUCGCACUGGAAUGUCGAAUUCGCGGUCGGACAGUACCCACAUCCACAGAAAGUCGUUGAGUAUGCGCACCAGCCAAACGCCGAGCUGAGCCUAGCGAAGUUGAUGAGGGAUGAGGAGCAUGAGGAGCAUGAGGGGGCUGGAGUGACGAUGUUGGUGGAGGUGCACUGGAGCAAGGGUUGUAUCGUGGAAGAAGAGGAAGACUAUCAGCAAUUUAGGAGCGACGGGUAUCAGAAUGUGGAUGUUGGACCGAUGGCUAGGUUGAAGGAGAUGAUGUGGGAUUGA